AUGGUCUCAUACCCAGAGGACCGUGUCGCUAUUAUCGUCGGAGCUACUUCAGGCAUCGGCGUCGAUCUCGCCAAACACCUCUGCUCAAAAGGCUGGAAGGUAGCUUGCACAGGCCGACGCCAAUCCGCCGGAACCCAACUCCUAAAAGACCUCGCAACAGAGAACGCCUUAUUCUACCCCGCCGAUGUCUCCAAAUACGAAGAUUCGGCCACAGUAUUCCAGAAAGUAUUCGAACUCUGGGGCCACAUCGAUGCCGUUUGCGUGAACGCAGGAAUCGUCGACCAAUCCUCUAUCUACGUCUAUGACUCGAAGAACAAGUCGAUUGAGGAUAUCCCGCCCGCGCCGGAUACCUCUGUCGUGGAUAUUAACUAUAAAGGUAUUUUGUAUUGCACUCAGCUAGCGACACAUUUCAUGCGACACAAUCCUCAGCCUGGGGGGCGGGUGAUAAUCACUGGGAGCAUUGGAGGUAUUUUCCCACAUUCAUCAUAUCCGAUCUACUGUGGGACCAAGGCGGCCGUUAAUCAGUUUGUUCGUGGGACGGCGCCGUUGUUGAAGCUGAAGGAUAAUAUUUUGCUUAAUGUUGUUAUGCCUGGGAUUGUGAACACGCCUAUUGUUCCGCCUGAGAUGAUUGCUGUCGUUUUGCCUGAAUGUCUUACUCCUGUCGAGACAAUCUUGAAGGCAUAUGAUGUGUUCCUGGACGAUAUGACUGGCAUGGCGGGGCAGUUGCUUGAAGGCUCGGCGGAUAAGUUGAUAUUCUAUCCAAUGCCCGAGCCGGGUAAUGGGCGUAUAACUAAACGGGCGGUUACUGUGUGGGAACCCUUGUUUGAGAUGAUGCACGGUGAGAAGUCGAGCCCUCCUGGAGCUAUUCCUUAA